ACCUGUCGGAUCUGAUACAAGCUCUCCCUGAACGGGAGCACGGCUCCUCCUUAGAAGUUAGGCUACAAACCCAAGAACUCUCUAAUAUAGCUUCAGUGGUCCCGUCGACCACUUCGUUUUACUGGUUCCUCUCUUCUCUUUAGUCGCCAGCGCUGUGCACUCGUCUUCAACCAUAUCGAUAACAUCGAUUUGUUGUCAUUCUUUUCGAUACCCUGCAGGUCCGGCUACCUCGCAUUUGUCUGUGUUGUUUGUUCCUUUGUCUCAUAUAUAAUUCCUUGGACGCCGACUUGUUGACCACCUUCGGCCGUUGGGGUAUACGACGUGGACGAGAAGCGAAAGGUGGAGCUAGAAAAUAUUGGGACGGCUUGGGAAAUCAAGACGGAAGAGAAAAAUAAAACGAGCAUCAGGAUUUAGAGAACUCCAAGCCUUCAGAGGUCGGAAACCCGGAGUGUGUUUAUACUGAAUUCAACGAACCGAAUCAAUCGUCACCGACAAUCAACGACAAGAUGGGCAAACUUAUCAAGAACCAUUGGGCAAGGCUCAUUGUCCUGACCGCAGCAGUUUAUCAAGUCGCUGCUGCACUGGAAUCUUUUUUUUGGCCGAAAAUAUUUUGGGAUUUCCUGACGAAGACUUUAGACCCGGCAAUUAAGCCUGUGCCAGUCUUACAAAUCAUUAAUCUCCUCCUGGGCAUCGGCAUGUUUGCCAUGGAGUGGCCACUCAGCUUCAUCGCUGGAUCGAAAUUCCACCGCAGCUUGGAGGCUCGACUACUGCUCCUCCCCUUGGCUGCCUUGGCCGCCGUCCUCAUCUACCAGGGCACAAACCCGGCUAUCUACUACCUCACUGGAAGCGCCGUGUAUUUUUGGGCUUAUAGUGAAGGCGAGAUGGUUUGCGCUGAACCUUGGACACUACCCAAGAGGAGUCGUUAGAGACAGUGAACCAUAUGUACCAAGGAAACUUUGUCUAGUUUAAGUCGACAAUUUCUAGUUAUUUCACUUCGUCUCGUCUCCGGCCAGAUAGUCGUAUGCAAGAACGAAACAGCUACGUCCUUACAAGUCUCACAUUAUACACGGGUCACCAGCCCAUGAAAGGCUUCUUCCGUCAAUCGCAAGAGCCGGGCUUUGAGGUUUUACGCAUUUUGAGCUCAUAUAUACACAUGUGUAUAUUCAUAUCUUCUAUAUAUAGCUCGAUGUCAAUUUUUGUCUACACCGCCAUUUUAAUAUAAAAAAAAACAAUUGAGACGAAUUGA